AUGGCCCGCAAUGUUUUCAAAGCUAAAGUCAUUGGUAUCGAUCUGGCAUGGAAGGCCGAAGCGUUGGGCUCGAGAGCUGCCGAUACCUUUGACGAAUUCAUUGCCGCCCCCGACCAGGCGACUGACUGGGACGAGUUCCAAAGGAGCAUUUCCGACGCGUGCCAAAGACUACGUAAUGCCAAAGAGGCUCGGCGGAACGCCGAUUAUCUGGUUGUUACAUCAGGUUGCGAAACGGCCUUCGAAGGACUGAUCGAUUACGUUUGCGAUGGAGGCUCAGUCAUAUGCGUCGGGGUACCAAAAUCAAGAGGAAACUUGACCAUACCCUUGGCUUUGAUGGUGGAACGUUCGAUUAGAUUCCAGGGUCUCCUGAUGGGUGGAUGGGAUGAGAGUUAUGAGGUUAUGGAGUACAUCAGAGAGGGCAAGCUGCGGCCUCUUGUGGUAGAAGCCUGCCUAGAGGAAGUUCCGUUUCGAAUGAAGGCCUUCAAGACCAUCAUAAUAUGGGGAAGGUCGUUGUUAGAAUGGACGACUCAAUAUGACAUGAACGUCUUGUUUGAUUUUGCCAAGAUGCAGCAUCUUUCACCGCUGCGUAUCGACGACUGUGCCGCCAUUUUGACCGGCAGGCCCACCAACAGCCGACGGUCAACCCACUCUGGAGGUGUGCUGCCUAGUAAAGGCGGGGCGAGACGUUCGUUCUGCCCUCGACCAGGGGACUAUGGCUAUCCUUUGGAGACACAGGAUCCGCAGUAUUCUCUUUACGUCAAUGAAGAAGAAGGAAUCUACGACCACUCCGAGGGUGUGGAAGCGGGAUACUGCCGCAAUCCAUUUCCACCAAAGACCGUCGUCCACUCUGCGCCCAGCCAUGACGGCGCCCCAACCUUCGCUGCGUACUCAGUCUUUGAACAUACCCCAGAAAACUCCGAAACCGCAGUCCGACCUCUGCGCCCUUCGUUGGGCAUCGCCAUUUACGACACGACACAGAACGCUCAUCCUGCCCGCAGCGCUCGCCUAGCACGCGUUGUCUUUGAUCGUACCUCUCAGUACCGCCAACGUCGAGACUCCAGACCAGACCGAAUUGAAGUUAUCACACUUCCCUUGUCUCUAUCAUUAACAGACGCUGAACGUGCGGAAGUCUGCGCACGUCACCAUGAGAAGGAGGUCCGCAGCCGUAUGUUGAUGCUUGAUUAUGGUGAGGCAGUCUCGUGGUUUCUGCCUGGACCUAUUAUGGAAUGGCAGUAUGCGCGGAAGAUCUUUGCUGUUAACCGCUUGGACGAUAACGGCAAUGAUAAGGUCGAGGCGGCCGCUUGGGAGGAGUCGUUGAACGAGGCAGAGAAUAUUGUUGAAGAGAAAGCCCGCUGGGAUCCCCAGGCGAGCCCUGGAAGCUUUCUUACCAUUGAGUGGCAACCCCGUAAGGAUGCGUGGCAAUUUCGCUUAGGCAGCGCUUUUGACCCCAAAAAGGAUAGGGAGAUGGUAGAGUAUUGUUAUGGGCUCGAGGCUCUGGGGUAUGAGUUGAUGGAGGUGACAGCUGCGAAUUCCAUCUAUUACAGCCACUUUGUAGGUGACGGCGUUCUUGAUUUCCUACUGAAGAAGGCUAGGCUGGAAUGA